AUGGAUGCGAGAGAUGUCGAAGCAUUCGAGAGGCUUGCGACCGAGAUUGCCAAGCUCCAUUCGCAGCCUACACCCACAGAAGUGCUUCCGUCUGGAGUCGCAUUAGCUCAUGGCCAAGAGAAGCUGGUUAUGUUACACCCAACCUACGGAUUUGUCACCGGUGGCACAACACCAGCCGCCGCUCUUGCAGAUCACCUUGUAACUUACCACGAUCAAAAUGUGCAAGUGCAUCUCCCCUUCGAAACCGUUGCCACAAAUGUUGAAGACACCACCCUCAAUCUUGUCUGCAACUUGCUGGACCUGGACCCACAACAUUGGCCCCACCGUACCUUCACCACUGGUGCAACAACCAGUAACGUUCUCGGUCUGGCGUGUGGACGCGAAUAUGUUAUUGCUGAAGCAUCAGCUCACCGUACAGAUGAAGUGGUCAGUGUCGGUGAAGUUGGGAUAAUUGAAGCCAUGCGCCGCGCAGGCAUCGACGAGAUCCAAAUUCUCACCACGGUCCCACAUUCUUCCCUUUCCAAAGCAGCAAGUAUACUCGGCUUAGGAAGAGCAAGCGUCAAGACCAUCGGCUUGACUCACGCUCCCCACAAGUUCAACAUGGAUACAUUGAAAAUCCUGCUUGCUCAACCAGGCUCUGCAAGCAUCGUUGCAGUAAGCGCAUCAGAAGUAAAUACCGGUCUCUUCGCCACCAUCAGUCUCGAAGAAAUGCAAGAGCUACGCCGACUAUGUGACAUGUAUGGUGCAUGGAUCCACGUCGACGGCGCCUUUGGUCUCUUCGCUCGCGUUCUAUCUCACCCCUCCACGCACACACUUACAACCAACACGUCAAACACAACAUACGACAAACUUAUCAACGCAGCCUCUGGCAUCCCUCUCGCCGACUCCCUGACCGGUGACCUACACAAACUCCUCAAUGUACCCUACGACUCUGGCUUCUUCCUCUCGCGCCAUGCCAAUCUUGCCGCCCGCGUGUUUCAGAACCCAAACGCUGCGUACCUUGCCACCGGCGCAGUUACCGGUGGCAUCAUGUCGCCUCUAAACAUUGGAUUGGAGAAUUCUCGUCGCUUCAGAGCGUUGCCUGCUUACGCAACGCUGGUUGCAUAUGGACGGGACGGGUACAAGGACAUGCUUGAGCGCCAAAUUGCGCUGGCUCGCGGCAUCGCGAAAUUUGUAUUAGAUAGCAGUGCAUUUGAACUCUUACCGCAGGCAACUUGGGGAACUGAGAAUCAGGAGGACAUACUGAGUCGGAUUUUCAUCAUUGUGCUUUUUCGUGCGAGGGAUGAAGAGUUAAACAGACAUCUUGUGGAGAGGAUCAAGGCAAAGAAAAAGAUUUAUGUUAGUGGGACCACUUGGGAUGGGAGUCCCGCGUGUAGAUUUGCGGUUGCAAAUUGGAUGGCUGAUGUGCGCAGGGACUUGAGGGUCAUUAAGGAGGUGUUGGAGGGUGUUGUUGCGGCGUGGAUGCGGGAGAAGAGUACAGCAUAG